GCCGGGUGGGGGUUUUGGGUGGGGCCUACGGACCCUCCUUUUCUUGGCGGGGAUCAGGCGUGCGGUCCCGGUCCCCGUAAUGUACGGAGGAAGAGGGAAAGGGCUGCAGCCCUCUCGGCGUCAUGUCUUCGGUGCCGGUGGCUUCCAGUCCGCCGGUUCUAUCCUCAGGCGCCGGGACACGGAGCUCCAAGGAGGAGGGCAGCACCGAGGUGCAGCGGGCUCUUCUUCCCUGGGAUGCUCACGCCUUCUUCGGUUUCAGGUCUGUGGAGACGCCCCAGGAGCCGGACCUGCCGUAUCGCCUCGUCUCCACUUGCCGUUGCAACCAAUAAAGGCCUUUCGCACCGUGAUGGUCGCGCUGCGCCGAACCUUCCACGUGGUGACCCUGGCGGCGGGGGCGCGCCGUGCGUUGACGGGCUCCCUGGCUGGUAGCUGCCUGGCAGACCGCUGCCUCUGGGAUAAGCUCCAUGCCCAGCCCCGUCUGGGCAGCGACCCCACCUUCGACUGGUUCUUUGGAUACGAGGAAGCCCAGGGGCUCCUACUGCCGCUGCUGCAGGAGGCACGGGCUGCCUGUCCACUUCGGGUGUUGGAUGUGGGCUGUGGGACCUCAAGCCUGUGUACAGGCCUCUACACCAAGUGCCCGCACCCCGUGGAUGUGCUUGGGGUGGACUUCUCUCCUGUGGCUGUGGCCCACAUGAACAGCCUCCUGGAAUGUGGCCAAGGCCAAACACCCCUGUGCCCUGGGCACCCUGCCUCCCACCUCCACUUCAUGCAGGCUGACGCCCAGAACCUAGAGCCAGUGGCUUCCUCAGGCUCCUUCCAGCUAGUGCUAGACAAGGGCACCUGGGAUGCUGUUGCCCGGGGUGGUCUGCCUGGAGCUUACCAGCUGUUGUCAGAAUGCCUGAGGAUCCUGAGCCCCCAGGGGACCCUGAUUCAGUUCUCAGAUGAGGACCCUGAGGUGCGGCUGCCCUGCCUGGAGCAACGGUCCCAAGGCCGGACUGUGACUGUGCAGGAGCUAGGCCCUUUCAGGGGCAUCACCUACUUUGCUUACUUGGUUCAAGCCUCUGAUUAAAGACUUUAGUCCUGA